UCGAAAGUUAACAUUAUUUUAUGGUCGCAAAUUAGAUACUGGGUAGGCUUGGCGCGGUACGGUACACACUUUUGCGAUAUUAAUUGGCAACAAUGAAACAAUCAAUAAUUGUGAUUUUAGUAUGUUCGCUGUUUUGGACAGUUUAUGCCACAAUACCUCCCUACAUAAAAGUAUGCAGCCGCAACCACCCGGAACUCAACGAAUGCAUUAUCAAAUCAGUAGAGUCGCUCAGAUCCAAACUAAAAACUGGAAUCCAAGAACUUGACGUACCACCAAUAGAACCUUUACUAUUGGAUGAAAUCAAAUUGAGAAGCGGGCCUGAACAAGCCAAAAUCGAUGCCAACAUUACCAAUGCCAAAGUAUGGGGACCUUCUGGAUUCGAAAUCAUCGAUUUGAAGACAAAUCUAAAGAAAAACCGCUUCAUAUUUCGAGUCAACGUACCAAACAUAUACUUUAAGGGCGAAUAUGACAUUGAUAUGAGCGUUCUGAUUCUCAAAUAUAAAGGAAAAGGACCGAUCACUGGAAAUUUCACAAACUACAAAUUCGAUUGUAUGAUGAAAGGUGACCUUACAGAAAAAAAUGGAAAACAAUAUCUCCACUUCAGAAAGUUCGGUCUUAAUUUGUACAUAGGCCACAGCGAUAUUCAUUUAGGUAAUUUGUUUUCCGGACAAAAUCCUACUUUGUCCCAGGCCACCAAUGAAGUAGUCAGAGACAAUGCCGAUUUGUUCGUCAACGAAAUCAAGCCGGUUCUGGAAAAUUCAUUAGCCCAAAAGUUUACCGAUAUCGCUAAUGUUAUUACCGAGAGGUUUACCUAUGACGAAUUGUUUCCUUUGUAGAAUAAACUUAAGGAUUUUAUAUGUUAAUUUUAGAAAAACUAUUUGUCAAAUAUUAGUCUUGCGUCUUGCCGGUCUGCAUUAAUAUUCAAAAUUGUGCGCUGCUUAACAAGAAACAAACCACAAACCUGCAAUCUACAGAAAGAAUCCAAUAAAAAGUAUUUUAGAAUCUGACAUGGAAUGAUUGCUAAAACAAAUUCUAGAAUGUUGUGUAGUUAUCAGCGAGAAUCAUUAUUCUAUGUCAAACCCAAUUUCAUAAAACAUACAAGGGUAGAAUAAUUUGCUAAUACUUCAUUUCAAAAAGGACAACUUAUAUAUAUUAGUUUACAUAAUAUUCUGCCAUUUGUCCUGGUCUGAAUUCUCUCCAUAUUUUUGAGUACAUAUUUUUAAAAAAAUCAUAUGUUUUCCAUACCCAUAACGUUUAGUAAAUUAUUUUUAAGGAUUUACCACCAAUUAUUCUUCACUUUACUUUUAUAGUUUGAAUGCGCCAUUUUAUUC